AUGCACUUCACUAACCUUCCGAAUGCGGCGCUGCUGCUUCUCAGUAACCUUGCAUUGUGCGCCACGUCUGCCGAAGCUUACCAGGCUCUCGAUGAGAACGUCACUACGACUGUGACAAGAUUGCACUUUACUUGUCCUUGCGAUGAUUCUACCUGGACGACUAUUGUUCCUGGCGCUUCACAAUCUACCACAUCCAGUUUGAGUCUCAAGGAUGGUUUGCCAAUCAUCACUAGAACGGUUUACCCUGUCGAGGCCUCUGCCUCGUCAUCCACCACGUCAAGCCAGGAGAGUAGUGGUAGCACGACCACGACUCAGACAAAUGGAGCAUCGUCCACAAGUCUACUACCUGACCACCCUGGUCCAAGCUCGACGACAACGACGACCAUUUCUGCAGGCAGCACCACCACAUCUCCUGUAUACGGAGAUCAGUCGACUACUUCGUCUUUAGACGGAUCUCCUACUCAACCAACCACAUCUGGGUCAUCGUCUACUAUGUCAGUCAUAUUGAGCACGCCUAGUUCAUCUCAAUCUACUACAUCCAGCUCGUCCCUAUCUCCCACGUCCAGCACAAUUACAACGACUACUCAGACAAGCUCUUCAGAAGAACAUCAUGGCUUCUCUUCAACGACAACCCACAGUCGGGGAUCCACACCAACUGGCAACCCUUUUAAAGUUCAUGUCGAGGUUGCCAAUGGCUUGAACAAGCGUUCGAUUCAUGCUCUUGCUAUCGUCGGCGAAGAGGUAUUCGUCACGGACGCAUCUUCUGCCUCGAAUUUCUAUCUUGCGGCAAAUGGUUCUGUAACGACCAAAGAUGACAGACCAUUUACGAAUACUACGUCGCAAUUGAUGACUACCACAAUGACCACUACUAGUGUUUUGUCGUCAAGCAACAGCUCCACUACCAGUGUUGCACCAGCAGACCCAACUCCACUUCCUCAAGGCAAUUCUACCGCACCUGAGAAGGGUACGGACCAGGGAUCCAACAGCGGCUCUGCCGGUCACGAGACAAAUUCCACGGCGCCCCAAACCGGUUCUGAAACUUCUCAUGGCGGUGCGUCUGGUUUCAACUCGACGGAUGGAGGGUCCUUCCAGGGAGCAGGCAAUAACACAGGGCCAUUGGGCUCACCGCAGGGCGGCACAUCAGAUGGGGCUGACUUCCCUCCAAAUUUCGACCGCCCGAUUCCUGACACGAACCCAAACGGUCCCGCUGCCAACUUUCCUCGACCCAUUGGUGGUGGAAUCUUCACCAUCCCGUCGUUGUCGGGUAUUCCUGGCGGUAGCCCAGCGACAUCAUCGUCAUCAACACCGGCGACCAUUGCAACAGCGACUACCGAUUCAUCGACAUCGACCACAAGCGGGAUUUCUUCGACUACAACCACGGACGUCUCUUCGACUGAAUCAAGUACGACAGAAGCACCAUCGACAACGGAAGCCGCCGUUGUUGAAACUACAUCGUCAAGUGAGGUUAUUACCACCACAAGCACUGACGCUUCGACAGCGUCUCCUGGUGCUACCACACCUGGCGAGGGCAGCGGUAGACCAGUCGACAACGCCUCUGGUGGGAGUGCAGGCGUACCAAACGGCAGCGGAUUCGGUGGCGAUUCAUCAAGCCCCUCGUCAGGUCUUCCUUACAGCGGCACCAAUAACAACAACGGCUUUGGUGCCGGUAGUAGCGGCGGCAAUGGUAAUAAUUUUGGCAUUGGUACUGGUGGCAGCAGCAGCGGCAGCGGCAACGGCUUUGGCUUCGGUACAGGCAGUGACAGCGGAAACGGUUUCUUCGGCCAAGGUUCAGGCCCAGUCGCGGGAUCAUCUCCUUCCACACAAGCAGCUUCGACAACCAGCCUGGAAUCAGGCAAUACUUUGGAGACACCAGCUGCUGCUAGUGCCACAGAAGCAAGCACUACCACCACGUCCGAUGCAGUCAGCACCACAACUACUGUUGAACCAAGCACUACCACAACCACGGAAGAGACUACUACGCAAACGACAACGACUGUAGAAACGUCGACCACCACUCAAGAUGCCAUCACAACCACCACUACCACCACCACCUCAACCACCAGCACUCCUCCAGCAUCAACAACCACAUCCGCAUCCCGCAACGAUUCCUCCAACGGCACAAACAACGCAUUCCCAGCCCAACCAGCUCAGCAAAACGGCGGUGGCGGCUUCGCUAUCCCUGCUCCCGCUCAGCCAGCAGCAACGACCACACGUGCUUUCGCAGUAGGAGUGGGAGUCGGUGGCGGUUUCGAUACAGGUGCACGAGCUACGAAUACGCCUGGUGUCAAUUUUGUGGAUUUUAGUAGUCCUAGGAACUAG